GUGCCGGGCUCGCCGUGCUACUUGCUCCUAACGGGACGAGAGAGAGCGAGAGCGAGAGAGAGAGAGAGAAUAGAAUAUCUCUGAUGAGGACCGAAAUCAGAAAUAAUUGAUAAUGUCCACUUCAAGGCCAGGCGAACACCUCACCAUCGGCUACCCGCCGCAGACACUGUCGGCCCAGGGCCGCUCCAACUCACCCACAGCCAAUUCGCCUAACGACCCGCAGUCGGCCGGCAGCACCCAUCGAUCGCCCUUUGGUCUGUCUCCUGGCCUGACGCCAACCUCCAAGAUGCCGGGUGCUUCCCGCUCCGGCGCCGGCUCGCCCUCGCAUGAGAUGGCCGCUUCCGGACGUUUGUUUACCAAGCGAGCCAGAGAGAUCCAAGCCCAGGAAGGCGUCUCGGGCUUGCCGUUGAACCCGUGGGGUGGGCCGCCGACCAGUGGGAACUCAACGCCCCUCCGCGAAAACAUCCCCGAGUCGCCAACCGACGGCUUCCCGGAUUUCACCCAAUUGCCCACCCCCGACACCCUGCCCCAGACUCGGCGGGCUCGAGCGGGCACCCUGCCGUCGAGAUUCUCCCCCAACACCGCGGGCAACGCCCUGCUUGGCAUUCCAGCAUUCGCCUCCAAGACGUCUCGGCCGAGCCCAUCGCAGACCCCCUUCAAGUCGCCCUCGCCAGGCCUAGAGGCGCCCGGCGAGUUGUCCAAUUCGUCCACACUCCUCUCGAGGCUGCGGGCAGGUUCCAUGCCUCAGCGAAGCCCGUUCGCUCACGCGUCCGGAACCAGCUCUCCGUUUGGCCCCUCCAUCUUCAGCAGCUGGAACCCGACCGGCCGGGAGAGGGGCAACACCUUGGCGAGCAUUGCGAGCAUGGGAUCCAACGGGCCCAGUUCUCCGGCUCAGUCACAGUUCUCUCGCGAGGGGAACGCCGAGACCGACGUUCACAUGAGGACGCUGGAUUACCUUGGCCUGGCCGAGACUCCCCAGCCGGCUCGGGCUCAGCUCGCCACCACCACCACCACGGCCGCCUACGCACCCCCCAGCUACGCCGACUUUACUAAGGCGGCCAACCGGUUCCGGUCCUAUUCAGUCAACAACAAGGACAAGUAUGCCGACGAGGAGGAUGACUAUGACGCUGACGCCCUCUCCUACAUGGAGAGCCACUACGCGCAACUUCAGGAUCAGCUCGCCGCCACCAACGCCGCCAUCCACAACCACAACUUGGCCGUCCAGGCGUUUGCGAACCAGGCGGCGCGUCCCCGGGCACGGACAGCCGGCAUCCUCGACACCCCGGCGUCGCGCCUCCUUCGCAACUACCUCCCUACUCCCUCGAGACUGGACAACUCUUUCACGGCUGCCGAGAUCCAGGUGCCAGAGGAGAAGUCGUUCGACGAUCUUCCGCAGGCAAUCGCCGGCAUGUCCUUGGGGAGGUCGAACAGCCGCAACAACGGGCUGCUCGGAACAGACGAGCAGGGUCUCGAAGGGCCGACGAGCGCUCUGUGGCUCGGCAGCAUCCCGACGUCGACCACGACGUCGACGCUGACCGAGAUGUUCAAGACAUACGGGCCCAUAGUAUCGGCCAGGGUCCUGACCCACAAGAACUGCGGGUUCGUCAACUUUGAGCGCGUCGACAGUGCAAUUGCCGCCAAGGCCAGCAUGAACGGCAAGGAGAUCUUCCCCGGUGCCGGGCCGAUCCGCAUCAACUUUGCGAAGCCACCUUCGAGCACCGGCACGCCAGGCCAUGACGGUGCCGUCCCUUCGCCCAGCCCCGACCCCUUUGCCAAGUCUCAGGAUAAUGGCCAGGGUGCCGGCAGUGGCGCAUCCGGCGAUGCCGGAUCUGCUCCCGCUGCGGGCAAUGCCACCCCUUCUGUGCCGCCCCUCCACGAGAUGACGGGAGAUAUCCUACAGAUUGUGCAGCAGUUUGGGGCCACGGAGGAGGAUAGCUACCGCAUCUCGAUGAGCCUGCAGCAAGCGAUCCAGUACAACGCCUUCGUCGACGAGAUUCCGCCCAUCAAGGAGCCUGCCCAUACCCGGAUCCACGACGCUCCCAAGCUGCGGGACAUCCGCAAAAGGAUCGACAACCAGUCGCUCUCGCAGCAGGAGAUCGAGAACAUUGCCAUCGAGAUGCUUCCCGAGAUUGCCGAACUCUCGUCGGACUACCUUGGCAACACGGUCGUCCAGAAGCUGUUUGAGCACUGCUCGGACGGCGUUCGGGACGCGAUGCUCGCCGAGAUCGCGCCUCACAUGGCCGAAAUUGGCGUGCACAAGAACGGUACCUGGGCAGCCCAGAAGAUCAUCGAUGUCUGCAAGACACCCCACCAGAUGGCCCUGAUCGUGCAGCACCUGCGUCCAUACACCGUCCCCCUGUUCCUGGACCAGUAUGGCAACUACGUCCUGCAGGGAUGUCUCAAAUUUGGCAGCCCCUACAAUGACUUCAUCUUCGAGACCAUGUUGAGCAGGAUGUGGGAGAUCGCGCAAGGCCGCUACGGCGCCCGCGCCAUGCGGGCCUGCCUGGAGAGCCACCAUGCUUCCAAGGAUCAGCAGAGGAUGUUGGCGGCCGCGAUCGCUCUGCAUAGCGUCCAGCUCGCCACCAACGCGAACGGCGCGCUGCUCCUGACCUGGUUCCUCGACACUUGCACGUUCCCGCAGCGGCGGACGGUGCUGUCGCCCCAGCUCGUUCCCUACCUCGUGCACCUGUGCACCCACAAGGUUGCCUAUCUGACCGUCUUGAAGGUGAUCAACCAGAAGGCCGAGGCGGAUGCUAGGGACACCAUCCUCAAGGCACUCUUCUUCACCCCGAACGACCAGGUGCUGGAAGCGAUCCUUAGCGAUCACGCCUGUGGCGCGGCCCUGAUCUUCAAGGUGUUGACCACGCCCUUCUUCGACGAGACCAUCAGGAGCCAGGUGGUCGAGACGGUCAAGUCCGUCCUGAUUCGCAUCAAGGCACAGCCAGGGCAGGGUUACAAGCGGCUGAUGGACGAGGUCGGCCUGCCAACCCGGAGCGGCGGCGGCGGAGGCGGCGGCGCAUCUCGUGAUCAUGGGAACAAUGAGCGGCAGCGUCCCGGAUCUCGCCAGACGGCCAACGCCCAGCAGCACCACCAGCACCAGCACCAGCACCAGCACCAGCAUCAGCAUCAGCAUCAGCACCAGAACCAGCACCAGCAACAGCAUGCCCAGCAACAGCAUGCCCAGCAACAAGCGGGGCAGUAUGGUGCCGGCGGUAGCAACCCGCAGUACUACAACCCGCUCAGCGCCGCUGCCGGCGCGACCGGUUAUGACAUGGGCUAUGGUAUCCCGCGCAGCAGCGAGGGAAUCGACCAAUUCCCCGCCUUCAGUGCCCAGAAUCCCAUGUUCAACGCUGCCAACCCACCCUUGGGACCUAGCGCGCUUCAGCAGAUGCAUUACCAGCAGAGCAUGAUGCCCCGUGGCGCCCCGCCGCCGCCCAUGAACAACUACUUCCCCGCCAUGCAAGCCGGCGGCUACGGCGCCUUUCAGAGCGCCGGCCCCUCCAUCGACCAGUACCGCGCCAGUCAGCCCAUGACCAACGGCAGCCCCAUCCCGCCGCCCGCGCAGAUCCCCGCGGCCGGUGGUCAUGGUCAGCAAGCCCCAUUCGGCGCCGGUGCGGGCGGGUUUGGCAUGACCAUACCGCCCCCGGGUAUGGGCGGAUUCCCCGGAUACGGCGCCCCUCCCGGCGGGGUGGGGGGAUACAUGCAGCCCCAGCACCAGGCCCCCCCUGAGCAGAUGAACCCGCGACAGAGGGGUGGCCGGGUUGGUCGUAGCCCCCAACCCGACGGUCGGCAGCGCCGUUAGUGAUCUUGCCAUUCUGCACUGUUUGUUAUGAGAGGUGUAAAGUGUGUGUUUCGGCGUGGAUAGAAACGUUUAUGAUUCUUUCUUUUUAUUUUAUUUUAUUCUUUCUCUCUUUCUU